GUUCACGCAGAGGGCAUUUGUUGGUAGUUACACUCCUUUAGUGUUCACUUUGACUCUGUCGCCGGAAAAUCAAUAUGCCGACGGAAUCGCCGCUCCUCCGCCGCCAGAUGGACAGGUGGCGCCACCGCGUCUCCAACUCUCUCCGUCUGAAGACAAGCUUUCUAUCCGAGCUUAGCGGUUCCGUCGGCGAUCUAGGGACCUAUAUCCCCAUAGUCCUCGCUCUCACGCUAGUUUCGCACCUAGAUCUCUCCACAACCCUAAUUUUCACGGCGCUAUACAACAUCGCCACCGGAAUACUCUUCGGAACUCCGAUGCCGGUCCAGCCGAUGAAAUCGAUCGCCGCGGUCGCGGUCUCGGAGACGCCUCACUUGACGGUCUCUCAGAUCGCCGCCGCCGGGAUCUGUACUGCGUCCGUCCUGCUCUUCCUCGGCGUCACCGGACUCAUGUCCGGCCUCUACCGAUUCCUUCCCCUUCCGGUCGUGCGCGGCAUCCAGCUCUCGCAGGGGCUAUCAUUUGCGUUUUCCGCAAUAAAAUACAUUCGUUACGAUCAAGACUUCACGGCAACCACCAAAACGAAAACCACCGAUCCCCGGCCGUGGCUCGGCCUCGACGGCCUCAUCCUUGCCCUCACUGCCCUCCUCUUCCUAAUCCUAACCACCGGCGAUGGCACCGGAGCCACCGAAAUCGAAAAUCCACCCCCGACGCCGACGUCCGUCCAGCGGCAUCGUAGUAGAGCUGAACGCCGUCUCAAAAUCCUCUCAUCCAUCCCGUCCGCCCUUAUCGUCUUCCUCCUCGGCUUAAUCCUCUGCUUCGUCCGCGACCCGUCGAUCAUCCGCGACCUCCGUCUCGGCCCGUCCCGAUUCCACGUGCUCCGCAUCACGUGGGACGACUUCAAGACGGGAUUCGUCCGCGGCGCCGUGCCUCAGAUCCCGUUAUCGGUGCUCAACUCCGUGAUCGCUGUCUGCAAGCUGUCGGGCGACCUCUUCCCCAACGCCGACCUCUCGGCGACGGAGGUUUCGGUGAGCGUCGGGGUGAUGAAUCUCGUGGGCUGCUGGUUCGGUGCGAUGCCGUGCUGCCACGGGGCGGGCGGGCUGGCGGGGCAGUACCGGUUCGGCGGCCGGAGCGGGAUGUCGGUGGCGCUCCUCGGGGCGGCGAAAUUGGCGCUCGGGCUGAUGUUCGGGAACUCGUUCGUGCGGAUUCUACGGACGUUCCCGGUGGGCAUUCUCGGCACGCUGUUGUUGUUCGCCGGGAUCGAGCUGGCUAUGGCGUCGAGGGACAUGAAGUCGAAGGAGGAGUCAUUUGUGAUGCUGGUGUGCGCCGCCGUGUCGUUGACGGGGUCGAGCGCCGCCCUCGGAUUCGUGUCGGGAAUUGUUCUCCACCUGCUGCUCCGGCUCCGGGAGAUGGACUGCGGCGGCGCGCCGCCGUGGGGGUUUAAGAGGGAUGGCGGGAGCGAACGUGUAGAGCCUGAUCCUGAGCCUUUGUUGAUUCCUUAGAUGAGAAUUGUUUUAGAUUUAACUUAUUAUUUUAUGGUUUGGUAUAUGAAUUGUGGUAUAUAUUUGUGAGUGAUCAUGGCAUGUUUAUGUGUAAUAAUCUAGAAAAUAAAAUUACAAAAUUAAUUAUUGUUGAAAUUAUUUAAAUUAUUAA